GUCUCGGGCGGGUGGCUUGGCCUCGCAGUCCAUGACCAGCAGGAACCUUGGGAUCCGCAGCCUGCAGCCAGGAUGUCUAUCCUUGCCAAAAUGGGGGACUGGCAGGAGCGCCACGACAGUACCAGCAACGGGACAGCCCGGCUACCCCAGCUGGGGACCGUGGGUCAGUCUCCCUACACCAGCGCCCCGCCGCUCUCCCACACCCCCAACGCCGACUUCCAGCCCCCCUACUUCCCUCCGCCUUACCAGCCCAUCUACCCCCAGUCUCAGGACCCCUACUCCCACGUGAACGACCCCUACAGCCUCAACCCCCUCCAUGCCCAGCCGCAGCCCCAGCACCCGGGAUGGCCGGGACAGAGGCAGAGCCAGGAGACGGGGCUCCUCCACACGCACCGGGGGUUGCCCCACCAGCUCUCGGGGCUGGACCCACGCAGGGACUACCGGCGACACGACGACCUGCUGCACGCCCCACACGGGCUGGGCUCCGGGCUGGCUGACCUGCCCCUCCACUCCAUCCCCCACGCCAUCGAGGACGUGCCGCACGUAGAAGACCCCGGUAUUAACAUCCCAGAUCAAACUGUAAUUAAGAAAGGCCCCGUGUCCCUCUCCAAGUCUAACAACAACGCCGUCUCCUCCAUCCCCAUCAACAAGGACACGCUCUUCGGCGGGGUGGUGAACCCCAACGAGGUCUUCUGCUCGGUGCCGGGCCGCCUCUCGCUGCUCAGCUCCACCUCCAAGUACAAGGUCACGGUGGCGGAAGUGCAGAGACGCCUCUCGCCGCCCGAGUGCCUCAACGCCUCCCUGCUGGGCGGAGUGCUACGGAGAGCGAAGUCUAAAAACGGAGGGAGAUCUCUGCGGGAGAAACUGGACAAAAUAGGAUUAAACCUGCCAGCCGGGAGGCGUAAAGCUGCUAACGUUACCUUGCUCACGUCACUUGUGGAGGGAGAAGCAGUACAUCUAGCUAGAGACUUUGGGUACGUUUGUGAGACAGAAUUUCCUGCCAAAGCAGUAGCUGAAUUUCUCAACCGACAACAUUCCGAUCCAAACGAGCAAGUCACAAGAAAAAACAUGCUUCUAGCUACAAAACAGAUCUGUAAAGAGUUCACCGACCUGCUGGCUCAGGACCGAUCUCCCCUGGGGAACUCGCGGCCCAACCCCAUUUUGGAGCCGGGCAUCCAGAGCUGCCUGACCCACUUCAACCUCAUCUCGCACGGCUUCGGGAGCCCGGCAGUGUGCGCUGCCGUCACUGCCCUGCAGAACUAUCUCACCGAGGCGCUCAAGGCCAUGGACAAAAUGUACCUCAGCAACAAUCCCAACAGCCACACAGACAACAGCACCAAAAGCGGCGACAAAGAGGAGAAACACCGAAAGUGAGGAUCCCCCCCACUCCUCUCCCUUCCCCCUCAUAGCCCAUCGAUCCAUUCAUCUCCCUCCUCCCUCUCCCCUGCACCCAGCACCCCAGGCUACAGCAACAGAAUGAGCGUCCUUCUGCCAAUCUUGUUCUCUGACUCUGCAGGACUGCUCUGCCCUCUCCCCACAUCCCUUCCCAGCAUCCACAUUUCCAUUUGCUCCCUCUUAACUUCCCCCUCCUCUCUCUGCUGCCACCACCGUUUUAACCCCAGUUUGGAGCCUAAGAGAACAGAACAGGGGGACGGAGCCAGCAAAGGAAAAAAAGUUCUGUCUUGAGUUUGUGAACUUUUUUUUUUAAAUAAAACAAAAGGAGGAAAAAAAAAAUCACAAAAACAAAACAAAAAAGAAAAGGACUUUUUUUUUUUUUUCUAAAAAUAUAUUAAAAAAUUAAAAAAAAUAACAAAAAGAAAUAAACAAUACUUUAAAAAUUCUAUGAGCUUCACCGGACUGAAUCACCACCUUCCCUUACAUAAACUUCAGUUAAGAUUGUAGCCAUAUUAAAAAAUGAAAAACAUAAAAAAAAAGAGGCGAAAAAAGUACAACAGCAGCAGCAAACAAAUGAAAGGCAAAAAGGACUGAUGACAUUUUAUCAGUAUUGUGAAUAAACUUGAACACAAAACACAAGCAGUUCCAUGUCAUAUCUUCAGUUGUAGAACUUUUUCCUGUCCAAGGUAAAGCGACCCACUUGAACUUUCUAUUGCAACACGAUUCACGGUUAUUAUAUAAGGGAAUCAGUGUUCAUGUAUGUAUAUAUUUAUUUAUGUGUAAUUUAAUGGGAAUUGUAAAUAUGGUGAGUCUGUUUUAAGCCUUUUUUUAUUUAUCUGGUGAUCUCGUUUACCUCUUGUUUAGUGGGUUUUAAAUCUUCCCCUCUUAGUUCAUCAUGUGGUUCAUGGUACUUAUUUAGAUAUCAGAGGUUUUUUGGGGGUUUUUCUCUGGGAUUCAUCAUUUUUAGCCCUGUUGUAGCAUGUUAAAGGCGACAAUGAAGCAGCUGAACAAAUAAAAAACCAUGAAUUUUUAUAUAUAAUUAGUAUGACAUUUAGUUUCUCAUUGAAGAUAAAAUAAAGUGAUGUUGGACCCUGGCAAGGUUUUUAAACAUGUUGGUGGUUUUACAACCCUUAUGUGUUGUGGAAAAUGAAAGAAGAAGUUAUUUUCAUCCACUGUCCUUCUCCCGAAAGCACCAUCAGAGCAAUAAAUUAAUAUUGUCUUUUAAAACAAGAUUUAGCUUUUCUUUCCUGUCCCUCCUCUUUUUUUUUUUUUUCCUUUCUCCCUUUCUUUUGUUUUUAUCCUUUUUUUUUUCUGUUUUCUUUUUUCCUUUUUUUUUUUUUCCCAAAGAACUUCAAACAUUUGGGACCACCUGGUAUCCUGUAUUUCCACUGGCCAUAUUGGAAGCAGUUAUAGUUGUAUUGUAUUGAGUUGUGCCGGCAGUAGUUUCCAUGCCUAUCAAUGUAUCAUAGUCCUUUGUUGCCCAGAUAAAUAAAUAUUUGAUACGCUUUAUGUCGA